AUGGGCGACCAGACCCCGCACCGCGACGUGCGCAACCACGUCCUCUUCGAGAUCGCCACAGAAGUCGCCAACCGUGUUGGUGGCAUCUACAGCGUGCUCAAGUCCAAGGCGCAGGUCACAACCGCCGAGUAUGGCUCCAUGUACACCCUGCUGGGACCUCUCAACCGCGCGUCGGCGGCCGUAGAGGUUGAAGAGAUUGAGCCCAGAGAUCCUGCAAUGAUUGCCACGAUCCGCAGCAUGAACGACCGCGGCAUCAAGACAUUGUACGGACGAUGGCUCAUUGAUGGCGCUCCUCGAGUCUUGCUAUUUGACACUAGCACGGGAUACUACAAGCUCGACGAGUGGAAGGGCGAUUUGUGGUCGACGGCCGGCAUUCCCAGUCCUCCAGAUGACCAUGAGACUAACGAGGCCAUUGUCUUUGGGUACCUCAUUGCUUGGUUCCUUGGCGAGUACGUCUACCACGAGAAAGAGCGCGCUGUCAUUGCUCAGUUUCACGAGUGGUUGGCUGGUGUUGCUCUACCCCUCUGCAAGAAGCGGAAGAUUGAUGUGACGACCAUCUUCACCACCCAUGCCACCCUCCUCGGACGCUACCUCUGCGCUGGCUCUGUCGAUUUCUACAACAACCUGCAAUACUUCGAUGUCGACGCCGAGGCGGGCAAGCGCGGCAUCUACCACCGAUACUGCAUCGAGCGCGGAGCUGCACACAGUGCAGAUGUGUUCACCACUGUCAGCCAUAUCACGGCCUACGAGAGUGAGCACUUGCUCAAGAGGAAGCCUGACGGCGUGCUUCCCAACGGCUUGAACGUCAAGAAGUUUUCUGCAACCCAUGAAUUCCAAAACUUGCACCAGACCAACAAGGAACGCAUCACGGACUUUAUCCGAGGUCAUUUCUACGGACACAAUGACUUUGACCCCGACAAGACCUUGUACUUCUUCACCGCGGGCCGAUACGAGUACCGCAAUAAGGGAGUUGACAUGUUCAUUGAGUCGCUGGCUCGUUUGAACCACCGGAUGAAGAGCGCGGGAUCAGACAUGACAGUGGUUGCCUUCAUCAUCAUGCCUGCACAGACAACAUCCUUGGCUGUGGAAGCUUUGAAGGGACAGGCGGUGAUCAAGUCGCUACGCGAAUCCGUGGGUCACAUCGAGAAGAGCGUUGGCAAGAAGCUUUUCGAAAAGGCACUCGCUUGGCAUGAGGGCGCCGAGGUGCCAGACGAGAAGGACCUCAUCACAUCUCAGGACAAGAUCAUGCUUCGGAGACGACUCUUUGCCAUGAAGCGCAACACACUCCCACCCAUCGUCACACACAACCUCGUCAACGACGCCGAAGACCCAAUUCUCAACCAGAUCCGCCGAUGCCAGCUCUUCAACCACCCAUCCGAUCGCGUCAAGGUCAUUUUCCACCCAGAGUUCUUGAGCUCGGGCAACCCGGUCCUGCCAAUGGAUUACGACGACUUCGUCCGAGGAACGCACAUGGGUGUUUUCAGCUCCUACUACGAGCCUUGGGGCUACACACCUGCAGAAUGCACCGUCAUGGGUGUGCCUUCAAUCACCACCAACCUUUCCGGAUUCGGCUGCUACAUGGAGGAGCUCAUCGAAAACGCACAGGACUACGGCAUCUACAUUGUAGACCGGAGAAUGAAGGGCAUUGAUGACAGCGUGAACCAGCUUUCAGAGUUCAUGUUCCAGUUCACGCAGAAGAGCAAGCGUCAGCGCAUCAACCAGCGUAACCGAACGGAACGUCUGAGCGAUCUCUUGGACUGGAAGCGCAUGGGUAUGGAGUAUGUCAAGGCGCGGCAAUUGGCUUUGAGGAGAGCAUACCCUGCUAGCUUUGAGAAGAGUGAUGACGAGCCCGGCUUCUUCGACGGCACUGAGAGCAUCAAGAUUUCGAGACCUCUGUCAGCGCCCGGCAGCCCAAGAGAGCGAAGCGGGAUGAUGACUCCUGGCGACUUUGCCUCACUGCAGGAAGGUCGCGAAGGUCUGAGCACAGAGGACUACAUUGCCUGGAAGUUGCCCGAAGAGGUUAGUACAGCAAACUACAAGAAUGGCCAAAGUUGA